AUGGCCGCGGCUCUGGGCCCGGCCCCGCCGCCGCCCGCCCGCGCCAUGGAGCGGCCGCCGGGCCCCGAGCUCGGGGCGGCGGGGGACGGCCCGGAGCGGCCGCGCGGAAGGCGGCGCGGAGGUCCGUCGCCCGGGGAGCCGUCCCGCGGCGAGGCCCGGCGGCCGGGAGGCUCCGAGGAGCCGGAGAACGGCGGGGGCCCCGCGGAACGGUCGGACCUCGGGCUGCUCCCGGCCGAGCUGCGCGGCCGGCUGCUGGACCAGGAGGAUUGCCGCGACCGCGCGCGGGCGGUGGAGGAGCUGCAGCGGCUGCUGGCGGCCCUCGGCCCGGCCGCGGCGGCCGCGGCGCCCGGCACGGCGCUGCUAGGACUGCUGGGGCUGCUGUGCGCGCUGCUGGACGACGCCGACUCGGCGGUGGCCCUGGGCGCCCUGGAGGCCGCGCAGCUGCUGGCCAUGCGCCUGGGCGGCCGGCUGAGCGCCUUUCUGGGUCCGCUGGUGGCGGCCGCGGCCAAAGCGCUGGGCGACCCGCGGGCGGCCCUGCGCCGGCGCUGCCACCGGCUACUGCGGCAGCUGAUGGAGGCGGCCGGGCCGCGGCGCGUGCUGGAGCUGCUGCUGCGCCGGGAGCUGCUGCGGCACCGCGACGCCCGCGUGCGCGAGGAGGUGCUGGUCGCCUGCGUCGCCGCGCUGCUCGCCCACCCCGGGGAGCUGGACCCGGGCAGCCUGGCCCUCGGCCUCGCCCCGGCGCUGCUGGACGGCGAGCGCAGAGUGCGGCACGCGGCCUUGGAGGCGUUCGCCCUGUUGGCGUCGGCCGCCGGGCCCGGGGAGAGCGGCCUCCUGUUCGAGGCGGUGCGCGCGGCGGAGCCGCGGGACGACGGGGACCGGGCGAUGCGCGCAGUGCGGGCCAGGCUGGCCAGGAAGAGCCUGCCGAGGCUGGGGGAGCGCGGCUGCGUGCAGUACGCGGUGCCGCUGCCUUCGAGCGCCCGGGGCUGCGGGGCGCCGCGCGGGGCCGACGUCGAGUGGCUGCUGGCGGGCGGCGGGGCGCGGAGCGCGAGGAGCUGCGGGCCGCAGCCUGGGGACGCCGCGCGGAGCUCCGGCUCGACCGGCGGGACGGCGCGGAGAAUCCUGAGUGCCGGGAGAGGGAAGAACAAACUGCCCUGGGAAGCAGAGCGCGGCAGAGACGGGGAAGGCGGAGCGGGAGACGUGGUGCCUUCCGCCGAGGGCGUGGAGCAGUUCUCUUCACCCGGAGAUUUUCUCCAUUCUCCAAAGCUGCAGCCCUCCCAAGGAACGCCGGGCAGCGAUGAGUUACUUUUCAGUAGAAGAAAACCGUCAAGAGAUUUAUUUCAGAAUAGCGUAGAUUUCAGUUCUGAGCAUUCUUCGCUUUGUGCCGGUGCUGUGGGCUCUCAUCAGCCACAUACUUCAGAGAAAUGUGGAACGCUUGGACACACACAGACACGUGGGAAGAGUGGUAGUGUGGACUCUGCUUUACAGUUCUUGGGAUUAAAUAACUGCCAGCAAGACAAAGUUUGUGCCAGCCUGAAUUUUUCCAGCAAGACCCAGCGAGGUGUUUGCAGCCCAGCAGAACACACGUCGUCCUCGCAAGGUACUGCUGCAAACCAGGAGGCCUUCAUCCUGCCAUCCUACCCUCUGACAUCCCCUGGGAGCAGCCCUAAGCACCUCUCCUCUCCAGCUGAGUCCCCAAAGAAGUCACAGCAUAAUACCAUGAGCUUCUCAAACUCCUGGCCUCUUAAAAGCUUUGAAGGGCUGCACAAGCCAAGUUCUCAAAAGCCAAGAGACAGCGCAGGGCAGAACUUGCAGGAGAAGCAUUCUCCUCUGCAGCUGAAGCCCACCUUGGUGAGACACCCAGCAUCCCGCCGGGGGCUGGCUGGGAGCAGCAGGCCUGUGCCCCCCAUCCCACACCUCGCCAGCCCCCUGCCCAGCAGGGCACAGGGGAGAGCCGAGCAGUGCGAGGAUGCGUGGAUGAAUGAAGCGGGCAGGAAGCUUGCAGCUGAUCUGUCAGAGCUGAGUGUCGAUGACGAGGAGGUGGACCAAGAAGAGAUGCAGAGUUCACUCAGAUCUCUACGAAAUAGCGCAGCUAAGAAGAGGGCAAAGCUAAGCAGUAACUUUUCAGAACUUGACAGCCCUGAUUCUGCUCUCAAGCUCAGUCUGUCUGCAGAUUCCCCUUCUCACGCUUCCUCCCCGAGCUCCUGUAGCGAAAGUGGAGCUCACAGCCAGGAGUCUCUGACCUCACCUGCAUCCACAGCUCCUCGGAGAAGGAGAGUAAUGUCAGACACCUUUCCACUGUUGGGAAAUAAAGCACAGCCUGCAGGCAUCUCUUCAGCGAGGAGCAGAGAUGCAGAUGUGGCAGAGCAUAACUCAAGGCCAGUGUUGGCCUGUAGCUCCCAGCAGCUGAGCAGCCCAGGUUCCAUUUCACCCAGUCUGCUGUCUGAAGACGCGGUCGAAAUCGUUGGUAAAGGUGUGUUUGGAAGUCCUCCUGCACAGACACAGAGCCUGACUGUAACGUGUGUAGAGAAUGGAGAUGACCAGUCUGUCCAGGAGCCUGAGCCAUCGCUGGCGUUCUGUGGGAGAAGCAUCCAGCAUGGCAGCACUUCUCACUCCCGUGCUGAAAAUGAGAGAGAGGUAAAAGUGACCAUGUCAAAAUCUGCCCAGGAUAAGAUGAGGCAGAAGAAAAAGGAAAGAAAAGAACAAAGUCACAAGGAAUAUCAGGAAGUCAAAGACCUUGAAGAAAAGGAAAAAAAUCCUUGGGAAAGACUGAACCUGAAUGAACCCAAGAGCACAACAGCUGACAAGUUAAAUCUCCAUGGGGAUAUAUUGGCACCAUCAAGAAGUGUGUCACUGUCAUUAGAAAAUGUUGCCCCGAAUACUUCACUAAGAAGAACAUCCAGUUUGAAGAAGGCAAAAUGUUCAGCCUUGCUAGACUCUGAUGAAAUUCCUCUAGGGCCUCGAGGGCGCUAUAAGGAGCGGACGCCAUCGGUCACCCACAGCCCUGAAGUGAUGGACCCUUCAGAACUGGAGCCCUUUGCAAAACCAGAGGCAGCCCUGACAGAAGCCCUGGCGCUCCUGGCUGACGACGACUGGGAGAAGAAGAUUGAAGGUCUGAACUUCAUUCGGUGUUUGUCUGCAUACCACACAGCUGUGCUGACUGGGAAGCUCCACGAAACAAGUUUGGCUGUGGCUCAAGAGGUCAAGAAUUUACGCUCAGGUGUUUCUCGAGCUGCUGUGGUCUGUUUAGGGGAUUUGUUCACCUACCUGAGAAAGAGCAUGGAUCAAGAACUAGAUAAUACAGUAAAAGUCCUUUUGCACAAAGCUGGUGAAUCCAACACAUUUAUAAGGGAAGAGGUAGACAAAGCACUGAAGGCUAUGGUUAAUAAUGUGACUCCAGCACGUGCACUUUGUUCUCUUAUAAAUGGAGGGCAAAGCCAUCUGCAUACAGCGGUGAGAAGAUGCACAGCCCAGCACAUGGCAGAUGUUGUAGAGCGUAUGGGAGCAGAGUGGGUGCUGUCUGGAACCAAAGGUGUCACUGAUAGGACCUUCUCUGCGAUUGCCAGGUUUGCACUGGAUAGUUCACAGCAAACAAGGUAUUAUGGUCGAAAGAUGCUUUUCUGCAUGAUGACUCAUCCUGAUUUUGAUAAAACACUUGAAAAGUAUGUGCCAGCCAAGGAUUUACCUUACAUUAAGGAAUUUGUUAACAAUCUACAUCAAAAGGGUUUGGGAGAGAUGCCAUUAGACACACCCUCAGCAAAAGGAAGACGUUCUCAUACUGGUAGUGUUGGACAUUCGAGGUCAUCGUCUACUUCCAGAGAUGCUCUCAACAUCACUGACAGAAAGGGAAUGUCCAGGACUAACGACUCGUUUCAGCUUGCUGAUGUAUUUGCUGAAGUUCUUCCUUUCCGCAGAGAGGCUACAGAAGCACGUGAAGUCAGUAGAAAACCAGUUCCUCGUAAUUCCCUGGAAAGUGAAGAAUAUGUGAAGGACAUCGUAGGUUUAUUGAAUGCCAAAGACUUCCGGGAUCGAAUAAAUGGCAUUAAACAACUGUUGUCAGACACAGAGAACAAUCAGGACUUUGUUGUUGUGAACAUUGUGAAGAUGAAUGCUGUUUGGAUACGUUUUCAGAUCUUCGACGCUUUCAAGUCUCGCUUACAUGACUCAAACAGCAAAGUCAAUCUGGUUGCUUUGGAGACAAUGCACAAGAUGAUUCCGUUGCUGAAAGACAAUUUAUCACCAGUUAUCAACAUGUUAGUUCCUGCAAUGGUAGAUAACAACCUAAACUCCAAAAAUCCAGGGAUCUACGCAGCUGCAACAGAUGUUAUUCAGGCUCUGUGCCAACACUUAGACAGCUAUUUGCUUCUGCAGCCAUUCUGCACAAAAGUCCAAUUUCUGAAUGGAAAAGCAAAACAAGACAUCACUGAGAAGCUUGCUGACCUGGUUGUGGAGCUGUACCCACGGAAGCCUCACGCUGUAGAGCAGAAGGUUUUAGUCGUCCUCUGGCACCUCCUGGGCACCAUGACCAGCAGCGGCUCUCUGCCCGGAGCAGGAGGAAACAUCCGGGCAGCCACAGCCAAACUGUCCAAAGCACUUUUUGCACAGAUGGGGCCGAGCCUCCUUGCUCAUGCUGCAGCUCAGCCACCGCACAUCAAGAGGAGUUUGGAGGAGUUCCUGGAGAUAGCCACCUAACCAGCGGGCCGCCUUGGGCCGAGGGGGCAGAAGAUGGCAGUGGAUGUGGGGCGGCCCUGGGCUGCGUUCACUUGGCCCAGGAGCUGCUGUCGGGAUCACCGUGGGAGUGCUGGCGCGGGCUGCGCUGCUGCCCUCAGCGCUGGGUCCUGCGAGCGCUGCACCUCGCACUCAGCCGGAGGGGAACCGGCUGAUACCGCAUCCAGAACGCAGGGCUUGGUGCACCAACAGUGAACAACGGCUUUUUUUCACCCCCGUGCAGUAUUAGCAGGGCGCCGUGCGGGAUGGAGCCGAGCCCGGGGCAGCAGGGCACCGCCGGGAGCGCACGGAGCUGAGCGCCCGUUUGUGCGUGUAACGCGGCCGCCCCGCCCGUUCUGCUCGGCCAGCCCGGGCCCCGCUGCCGCGUGCGUUUUACACGGGAACUGACGCGAAUAAAGGGAUUUAUUUCCGUAA